GGCUGCAUCCCGAAGCUGCCCAGUGCAGAGAGUGAAAAAAUGAUGUCCUCCUGUCAGCCAAGAUGUUUUCCUUCUUCUGGAAUGAGAGAAGAGAUUGCUAGAAAGCCAAGCCAGAGACCUGUGACCUUUGAAGAUGUGGCUGUGUAUUUCACAGAGGACCAGGGGGCGCUGCUAGAUGAAGAUCAAAGAGCUUUGUACAGAGAUGUCAUGAUGGAGAACUAUGGGAACGUGAUCUCCUUGGGCUUUUCACUCACCAAGCCAGAGCUCAUUUCCCAGCUAGAACGAGGGGAAGAUCCUUGGAUGUUGGCGUCUCAGGCCUUGGAUGGAGUGGAGAAUCUCAGUCUCCCCUCAGAUGGCUGUGGGAAGAAGCAUUCAUGUGCUUGGUGGGAGAGGCAUUUCCCUUACGGAUCCAGUCUUCUGAAUCACCAGCAAGUCCGCACUGGAAAGAAAUUCUAUCAGUGUUUAGAGUGUGCGAAAUGCUUUGCUCAGAGGUCAAAAUUUCUGAUCCAUCAGAGAACUCACACUGGAGAGAAGCCAUACAAGUGCAUGGAAUGUGGAAAGCGUUGUACAACCAAAUCAAAUCUCACGAGCCACUGGAGAAUUCAUACCGGGGAGAAACCCUGUCAAUGCUUAGAGUGUGGGAAGCAUUUUGCCUGGAGAUCGCACCUUGCCAUUCAUCAGAGAUACCACACAGGAAAAUCUCCCUAUACGUGCUUUGAGUGUGGGAGAUGUUUUGGUCAGAAGUCUUCUCUCUUGGACCACCAGAACACUCACACAGGAGAAAAACGACACAAAUGUUUGGAGUGUGGAAAACGUUUUGCUUGGAAAUCUCAACUCAGAGACCACCAAAAACUCCAUACAGGAGAGAAACUGCAUAAAUGCUUGGAUUGUGGGAAAUGUUUUGUCCAGCCCUCAGCCUUUGCAAAACACCAGAGAGUUCACACAGGAGAAAAGCCCUAUCAUUGUUUGGAGUGUGGAAAGUACUUUGGGUAUUCUUCAGCCUUAGCAAUACAUCAGCGAGUCCACACGGGAGAGAAGCCCUACAAGUGCUCCGAGUGUGAAAAAUGUUUUGCUCAGCCCUCAACUUUUGCAAAGCACCAGAGAGUUCACACAAGAGAUAGAAUAUAUAAAUGCUUGGAGUGUGGGGAGCAUUUUGCCCGCAAACUUUAUUUUGUGAGACACCAGAGGUCCCAUGCAGAUCAGAAACCUUUCAAGUGCCCUGAGUGUGGCAAAUGUUUUGCCAGCCGAUCAAAUUUUGCCAGACACCAGAGAGUCCAUACAAGAGAAAAACCCUACAAAUGUGUGCAGUGUGCAAAGUGUUUUGCUGCAAAAUCACAUCUCGUGCGGCAUCAACGAGUUCAUACAGGAGAGAAACCUUAUAAAUGUUUGGGUUGUGGAAAAUGUUUUGCUGAUUCCUCAGCCUUCGCAAUACACCGGAGAGUUCACACAGGCGAGAAACCUUAUAAAUGUGCAGAGUGUGAAAAGAGCUUUGUUGAUGCCUCCACUUUGGCAAAACACCGUCAAAUCCACAGUGGGAAAAAGCCCUAUAUAUGUUUAGAGUGUGGGAAGUGUUUUGUUGAGGCCUCAGCUUGUGUGAAACACCAGCGGAUUCACACAGGCGACGGAACCUAUAACUGCCUGGAGUGUGGGAAACGUUUUGUGGACAAAUCACACUUUCUAAGACACCAGAGAGUCCACACAGGAGAGAAACCAUAUAAGUGUUUGGAGUGUGGGAAGUGUUUUGCUGAUCCCUCCCCCUUGGCAAAACAUCAGCGAGCCCACCCAGGAGUCAGGACCCACAAGUGCUUGAAGUGUCAGAAAGGUUUUGUUCAAAGCUCAGACCUUAUGCGGCAUCACAGGAGCUGUGCAGUUGAUAAACCUUACACAUGCUUGAUGUGUGGUGAAUGCUUUUCUUCAUCGUGGGCUCUCAUCUGUCAUGAGAGAGCCCAUGUGGGUGAAACAUACUACAAAUGUUCCAAGCCUUUUGCCAUACCUUGAUUUCUCAAGUGUACUGAAAAUACUGAAAAUGCGGAGGUUAUCAGUGCUCUUGCCCACCAUAUGGAAGAUUCUAGUCUGGAUGCUAUGGAGAAACCUUCUAAGAAAAAGAAAUGUAUGAACCUCUUCCCUGUGAAAAAAGAUUUGGCCAAGAAAGGAGAAAGAAAGGGGCCAGACAGCUCCUGUCUGAGAUGCUUUAAUUUGGAUUAGGAUUUUUCUACAGAACAGGAAGUUGGACUUGAUCACUUGAAUGGUCCCUUCUGUUUCUACAAAUCUGAGAAUUUCUGCAAAAAGAGAUUUUCUACUUAGGUUCAUGUCCUUAUGUGCAAAUGUAAUGCAAUUUUUAAAAACAGUUGAACAUUCAAAAAUGCAUCCUGUCAGCAUGCAAGACAAUGGGGUAUGAAUCUUGGGUUUGGCCUAAGGGGAGAAUUGGUGGCAGGGAUGGUGGCAAUUUAGAUGGAAUAAGAAUUGCAGCUCAUUAAGGAAUAAAGGAAUUUUUGCUCAGGAAUCCAACCAGCCUUGGCCCCAACUCUGACCUUAAUAUUAAGAAUGGCCUCCAUUGCAAGGCUUCUGACAAACUACUUUCUCAGCACUGCCUUCCAACCUGGGGUAGAUUAGAGCUACAUUGCAAAAUUCUUGUAUGCUACUUUUGCGCCUGUCUAAUGCAGAGAUAAAAGCAGUGGUUAAUAUUACAGGAUUCCUGGGUCUGCAACAGCAGCUGAUAUCCUUGGGCUUUGUGUGGUCCUUUCUUUAA